UAAGGUAUAGUCCUUGGUGUGAUAAAAUACCAAGCCAUAAUAUACAAAAUAUAUUGAAUAAUAUUGUGUUAACAUAAACAUAAGUAUUAAGUAAAGGUGUAAGUGGUAAAUGGGUAAUAAAGUCAGAUUGAAGCAUCAGGGAUAAGAGAAGAACCAAUACAGAGAAAGUAUUAUUUAAACCGUACUCUGAUUUUACAAUGCACAGAAAUGAUUAUCAUAGUUAAACAUUACAAUACACAGGCCUUUUGUAAAAUGUAAUAUAAACGCAUAAGUAGUUAAAAGAACUAAACCAAAUAUUUUAUACUUGCACUUUUAAACCAUUCCGUCUCUGCUGAGUUCUGUGCGUAGUUGGUUUGUUUAGCUCCUGUAUAUUUUUAAAUUUGUUGUAAUGUUUCCCCCCAAUAAGUGGUCAUUGUGCAGUGGCAGUGCUGUAUUUCGACUCUAAGUGCCGCUGUCCAACCUCUGUAGCCAUAUUCUUGCGUUCUCUCUCUUCAACAAAGGCAAAAGCAAAGGGAUAAUUCAGACACAACAUAAACGGCAACACUGGAUGGUAGAUAACAGACCGAAAAUCGCUUUCCGUCUCCAGGUUUUUGAAGUAUAGGCUUAUCAAUCUCCAUUUGGACUAAAUCAUCAUCUAAUAUUUAUCGUACAUUUUGCUUUGUCUACCUCUGCUCAAUCUUUGUUUCGCAAAAAAAUGGAGUCAAGAAGAAAAGGUUGGGUGAAUGGUUGGCUACUACAUACAUUAUGUGUUCUUUCUUUACUUGCCGCUGAAGUGACCGGACAGAUUCGUUAUUCUAUACCUGAGGAAAUGUCUGUGGGAUCGAUUGUUGGAAAUAUCGCCUCGGAUCUUGGACUUGAAUCGAAAAGACUGAUUUCAGGAAAAGCGCGUGUGUUCACCGCGGAAAGCAGUGAGUACAUUGGACUGGACAAGGAGAACGGACAUCUGAUUAUUAAGAGUAAAAUAGACAGAGAGGAAUUAUGUGGAGAGAUAUCCGCGUGUAGUGUCAGUUUUAAUGUUAUUUUGGAUAACCCGAUGGAGCUUUAUCGAGUUACAGUUGACAUACAAGACAUCAAUGACAAUAGUCCUGCGUUUCCGAAAUCAAAAAUAGAAAAAAAUAUAAGUGAAUUAGCGGUACCAGGUGCUCGCUUUCUGUUAGAGAGCGCAAUAGAUCCAGACGUGGGAGUGAAUACACUCCAGAAAUAUACUCUUUACCCCACCGAUCAUUUUAAACUGAAUGUUCAGAAUGCUGAAGAUGGUAGCAAAAACGUCGAGAUGAUUCUUCAUUCUCCAUUGGAUAGAGAAAAAGAAAAACAUCAUCAGUUAAUUUUAACAGCUUUCGAUGGUGGAAAACCACAAAGGUCCGCAACUGUGCAGAUAAAUAUUGUUGUUCUUGAUGUAAAUGAUAAUGCGCCUGUGUUUAGCCAAUCGUCUUAUAAGACAUCAGUUAUUGAAAAUGCUGCCAAAGGUUCAGUCGUGACAACAGUAAGUGCGACAGAUGCUGACGAGUCGAGUCACAAUAUACAGUAUUAUUUUGAGCACGCGACCUCUACAAUAAAAGCUUUGUUUUUCAUUGACGCGGAUUCAGGCGAGGUUAAAGUCAUAGGUGACAUCGAUUACGAAAAACACAAGCAGUUCAAAAUCAAAGUCAAUGCUAAAGAUCACGGAGAUUUGACGGACUCAAGUGAAAUAUUUAUUGAUGUAAUUGAUGUAAAUGAUAAUAUACCAAAAAUUACUAUAAUGUCUUAUUCAGGUGCAGUGUCUGAAGAUGCAGCGGCUGGCACUGUAAUAGCAAUGUUAAAUGUUCAAGAUCUAGAUUCAGGUGACAACAGUAAGGUUUCAUGCUCUAUUGAUCUAAACUCUCCAUUUAAAAUCGUUUCAUCAUUAACUAAUCAUUACAAUCUGGUGACAGACUCAGAAUUAGACAGGGAACAGAUAGCAGAGUAUAAUAUCACUAUAACUGCUGUUGAUGGAGGUAAUCCACCUCUUUCAAGUAAAGAGAUUUUGAAACUGAAGAUAUCUGAUGUUAAUGAUCAUGCACCUCAGUUUGAGCAGGAAUCAUAUAAUGCUUUUAUAUCUGAAAAUAAUCCUCCAUCUACAACUAUACUAUCUGUCAAAGCAGAAGACAUGGACUGGGGGCCAAAUGCUAAAAUUUCAUAUUUUCUUAUUGAUGGAGAUUUAAAUGGAUCACCACUGACAUCUUACAUUUCUAUAAAUUCUGAGACUGGUGUGAUCUAUGCAGAAAAAUCAUUUGAUUAUGAACAAUUGAAAUCUUUUAAAAUAAAAGUGAAAGCUCAAGAUGGGGGCUUACCGCCUUUAUCCAACAACGUCACUCUUAACAUCUUCAUUCAAGAUCAGAAUGACAACGCACCGCAGAUUCUGUAUCCUGUACAAACUGGUGGUUCUGUGGUGGCUGAGAUUGUGCCUCGUUCAGCAGAUGUUGGUUAUCUGGUCACUAAAGUUGUAGCUGUUGAUGUGGAUUCUGGACAGAAUGCCUGGCUCUCCUAUAAACUACAGAAAACUACAGACAGAGCGCUGUUUGAAGUGGGUUUACAGAAUGGAGAAAUAAGAACUGUGCGACAAGUGACUGAUAAAGAUGCUGUGAAACAAAAACUCACUGUUGUUGUUGAAGAUAACGGACAGCCCUCACGCUCAGCUGUGGUCACCAUUAAUGUGGCAGUUGCUGAUCAUUUUCCUGAAGUGCUUUCAGAAUUCACAGACUCUACACAUGACAAGGAAUAUAACAACGAUCUGACUUUUUAUUUAAUUUUGGCUCUUGCUGUAGUGUCACUGCUCUUUAUAGUCUCCAUUAUUGCAAUAAUUUCAGUGAAAAUCUACAGAUGGAGGCAAAAUAGGAUAUUUCAUAAAUCCGGAGCAAAUCUACCUGUGAUUCCAUAUUACCCACCAGUUUAUGCGGAUGGCACAUUACAGCAAGUGUAUAAUUAUGAAAUGUGCGGGACCACUGACUCAAGGAUGAGUGACGUGAAGUUUGUCAGGCCCUACAGUCAGAACACACUGGUGAGCCAAAGCUGUUUGGGGACAGUUCAGAGAGAAAAGCAGGAACAGGAGAAUCAUGACCUGACUUUAGAGGUGAGAGCUUACAGUGUUCUUUGUUUGAGAAUAUAA